AUGACACUCGUGAAUAUCCUUUUUUUAAUGCUACCUUUUUCUAUGGCUCAUUCAUGGGUUGAACGACUAAGGCUUCUUGACCUAAAUGGAACUAUGGUCGGAAAUGAAGGCUUCAUUCGCGGCGCUAUGUCACGAUAUGACGCAACAUUUAAUGACUUAAAGCAACAAUAUUUGCUUCCGCCUCCCGGUCGAGACGAAAGCUUAGGAAUCCUUCCUUCUGAUCCCAUUUGUCGGGAUACCCAACAGACAGUUGAUCAAUUCAACGUUGCAUUCCCUCCACUACAGGCCCGACCGGGCGACUUUGUGGCUUUACAAUACCAGGAAAACGGCCAUGUCACCCUCCUUAACAACACACCACAAAAGCCUGAAAGUUCUACUGUGUUCAUCUACGGUACUUCAUUUCCCAUUCAAGAUGAACGUCUUCUAUCUGUUCAUCGUGUCUGGAAUGCUGAAGGAACAGGAGGAGAUAGAAGGGGUACAUUGCUGGCCACUCGACCUUUUGAUGAUGGGAGAUGCUACCAAAUUAACAGCGGGCCAAUCUCUUCGCAGCGCCAGAGAACGUAUUCUAAAGUCGCAAUGCGCCCCCAAGGAGCCGAUCUCUGGUGCCAGAACGAUUUGCGACUUCCUAUGGACAUCUAUGAUAACUACACCUUGUACUGGGUUUGGGAAUGGCCCACCAUCCCUACCAACACGACACCCCAGGGGCGUAUGGAAGUCUAUACAAGUUGUAUGGAUAUUUGGGUUCUGCCGGGAAUUCAGGAUGGAGCUGUAACGUUUGAAAAGGGUCAGGAUUUGAACUUCGCUGGAAUCGAGGAGCAGAUGCUUUCAAGUUAA